UAACAACACUAAAACUUAAUAAAGAAAAAUAUGGAGCCUUGCUUUAGUUUCUUUUUUAUGGACCCAAGCCCCAAGGAAAGGAGAAAAAAAAGUGAGACAGGUUGGAUAGCGAAGUAGUAAUCUCAAGCCAUUCUUCCUUCUAAACCUAAUUUAUGUUCAUUAGUUCCUUUGCCUGGCUCUCAAACGGAAGAAACCCUUCGAACUCCAUUGAAUCCUCCUUGCCAAAAUGCCUAUGAGCAACAAUGUCAUCGGAGCCAUCAACUUUGUUGGUGUUCUCCUUUCUAUCCCUAUCAUUGGUGCAGGAAUCUGGCUCAGUAAUGAAACUGACAAUGCUUGUGUUAAGAUACUUCAAUGGCCGGUAAUCAUUUUGGGCGCAGUGAUCUUGGUUGUAGCACUUACAGGCUUCAUCGGAGCUUUUUGGCGCAUUCCUUGGCUCCUCAUCUUCUACCUUAUUGCAAUGCUUAUCCUUAUAAUACUACUAGCGUGUCUAGUAGUAUUCAUCUACAUGGUCACUAUUAAGGGUUCAGGUCACCUUGUUCCUAGUAGAGCCUAUCUGGAGUAUCAUCUUGAUGACUACUCCGGGUGGCUACGACGAAGGGUGCAGAGUUCUUUCAAGUGGGAUCGGAUUCGGAAUUGUCUGAGCUCUACCAGCACAUGUUCAGAAUUGAAUCAGAGUUACCAUUUCGCACAGGAUUUCUUCAAUGCUCAUCUUAACCCCUUACAGUCCGGAUGCUGCAAGCCACCGACCCUAUGUGGGUACACGUUCGUGAAUCCGACAUACUGGAUUAGUCCAAUAAAUAUGGCAGCAGACAUGGAUUGCUUGCAGUGGAACAAUGAUCAAACCCAACUUUGUUAUGCCUGUGACUCGUGCAAAGCAGGUUUAUUAGCUAAUCUUAGGAAGGAAUGGAGGAGAGUAGAUAUCAUCCUAGUCAUCACUCUGAUUGCCCUGAUAUGUGUAUACUUGAUGGGUUGUUGUGCCUUCAGAAAUGCCAAGACUGAAGACCUAUUUCGCAGAUACAAGCAAGGUUACACUUAAAAGUGAUCAUGAGGCUCUCAAUGUGAUCUCCAGGGCCUGAAGUGAGUGAGUGAGGUGUUCAGUUGGGUUAAUGGAUUGAUGGAAAUUAACAGUCUUUUGCAGUCUUUGUCUUGGAAGCAGGUUGGACCGGUUGGUUAAUUAUUGGUGUAAUUUCGUGAAGGUUAGUUUUAUCAUUUUAGGCAAAAUGUAAACUUGUCGUUUUGAAUCAGUGGAGGAGUGGGGUCUCUACUCUUCUGAACUUUGAAUUUGAUCACCUAGAAAAGAUAACAUGUUGACGUGA